AAACACACGGCAUAGAGCCAGAAGGGACUGUUAUGGCGCUUGAAAUGGUGACAAAAAUAGCUUGAAUAAUCAGUGUUUCUUUGGAUGUAGUAUUUAUCUCACCACUGGGUAGCGCCCUAGUGACAAUUGGACAUCUCGAGGAGGGGAUUAAACACAAUGAACCAAGAGGGAUUUGAUAGCUCAACAUUUCAGAGGGAUUGUACAAGGUACGAGUAGAGUCGAGUCUGCCAAUUGAUCUGUUGACUGGUUACCUAUCAAUUAAUGAUACUGUUCAUUGUUUAAACCAGGGACAGACUCAAUUACACUACUGCAUAGAUUUAAGAGAGAGAUAGAGCAAGAAACAAGGAAAGAUUUACGACGAUGGCCAGCACCUCCAUCAAUCUCACCAGGCUGUAAAUAUUGAUCUACAGCAAGACAUAGAACAUUCAUGUAAACAGAAAACUAUGUUAUAUGACAGUUCAGGAAGUAGUAAAUUCUUUAUGUCGGAAGGCUUUCUUUUGCACACAGAGGAAUGUUUUAGGGAUAAUAAACACAUGAGAUGAUCCUAUCGCCAUGGAAACAAUUGUUGGGAGAACCAUAUCUACUAAAGUUGUCUUAUAUCUUUGAUCCAGAGGUGAUUCAAGACUUGACAGCAAAGGGAGUGCCAUUCGACUCUUGAUCAAAUCUUCAGGAAUACACAUCUUUAAUUUAGACAUUCAAGUCAUUUGGAUGACUCUGUUUUUGUGAAAUGAGAGCUAAUUAGAAACAAUGAAUGGAUUUGAUAGAAAAUGGAUCUUAAAGUCAUUGCUUUAUCAUGGAAACACUGGAUGAAUUCCUUGUUGACUUACAAAGCUGAACUUUGAAGCCAUUAGAAGAGAUUAACUUGUGAAACAUGUACUAAUAUUUCUGAAAUGUUUGUUUUGCACAGUGAUUGCUACAAAUUACUACCCUUGUAACCGUUUGUAAGACAACAAACACUGAUAAGAAAUUGAAAUGGCUGUUAUAAAAGAGGAGAGCGAUGAAGACAUAGAAUCAUUAACCGAGUCAGAGUUGUAUUCUGUUGUGAGUGACUCUGACACAUCUAUAGAUUUUACAUGUAAUCAGUCGUUGCCUCCGAUUGGGAAUAAUCAGGGUAAAAACCACAAGAAUGAAAAGGAUACUGGUGAUUUCAGUACUUUGACUUCAGCAGGUAUUGGUCGGUUUCCACUUGGACGAAGAGCAAGCUGUCCAGCUAUCAUGGGUUGGGAUAGGGACCAUCUGAAGUACCUGGUAGCAGGCUGCAAGCCACUGCCAGAUCCGGUGGUGUCCCGAGCCUACCAAUCGCUUCUCAGCCACAAAGAGCCUAUCCUCACACGAAACAAGCCAAAAGAGAAGCGGCUCCUCUCCUACUAUGACUAUGUGCCUAGCCGGAAGGUGUACAGUGAGCGGGAUCAGGUUGAGAGGGAGCAGAGUCGAGAUAUGCUGAAGUGGGAGCUGAUGAUCGAGGAGCGGAGGAAGCAUCAAGAGGCAAUAGCCAUGGAAAGGGAAUUGAUGGGUGAUGACUACGAUGAUCAACAGAAUGGUGAAGGAGAGGAAGAGGAAGAACUUGAAGACAUCAUGCUGAAGAGGCGGUUACGACGGCUGCAUGUCACCGACAGUGCCUACCAGGGAUUCUUUCCACAGAUGGACCUCUACGACUUUGGCCAGAUAGAGAAAGAGCGACAACGGCAGGCUCAAGCCAACAGCAUGCGAGGUAAAGGGAGAUUACAGAGGAGAGGCAGUGAAAGCCACCUGAAGCGCAGAGACAGCAAACCAGGACUCAAUGGACAACAUAACCAGAAUGCCCAAAGAACUGAACGACAGUUAAGCAGAAGAGAGUCUAUCGCUCAUGACCUCAACCAACACUCCAACCCUAAGAGACUAGAAAGGACAAACACGCAAACUAAAAUCAAUGCUUUGAUCCCAAGCAAGCCCCCUCAUCAUCAUCGCUUUGUAAGCAGUGCACAGCCUCAGACGACACAAAACAAAGCAGGAACGCAGGAAAUGCAGUAUCAUGUCUUGACAGCCAUGAGGCCAAGUUUCCCCGAAGUACGAAGGACCACUGGCGGAAUAACAGAAACUCCUUUGGCACAAGCAAAACUGAGACAGUCUGAUCCAACUACAGCUCCAGCAUCAACAAAGUUUAGGAGGAAACGUUCAAUGUCACUUGGAAAUCCAUCUGUUCUUGCACCUUUAAGACUGGCUGAGCCUGUGUUACAAGCUCAAGAGCUGAAGUAAUUUUAGAGGAACUUUACUGCAGAAGUUGCUUCAUUUGCUUGUAAAUUCUUGUAUAAAAUAUGGCUUAUACAUUCUAAAUGCAGCCUGCCACCCCAAAACCAACAAUAAGUCACUCGGGAAGGUUCCCUGUAAAUACCCCAAAGUAAUUUGGUUUUCAAAAAGUAGGGAAAAAAGAGAAAAUUACAUAUGUAGCUAAUCUGAAACAGAAAUAUUUCUUCUUCAUAUUGUCAAAAUAAAAGAUGAGAUACAAGAAUUUCUCUUACACCAUUUUAUCCUGACUUCUUAGAGGUUUAACUGAGAUAUCUCAUGCUCGAGCCAACUCCAAAUUUCAACCCCUGUUUUCUUCUUAUUCUUUGAAGCUCUAACUGUAUUUCUUCUACAAUCAAUCAAGUCCUUGUGUAGCUUUUUGCUGAUCAAUUUUUACAAGCUAUUCAUUAUUUUUAAAGCUUAAAGAUAUUCUUUUACAAGCUCAAUAAAUAUCUCAAAUUUCAUCUUGAGUUACUUUUUGUUUGUUUAGGGGUGACAGGUCACAUUUAAUUUCAUAUAUAUUUGCUAUAAUGUACAAAAUGCAUGCAGUUUAUUUUUAAUGACAUUCUAAGCAACACAUUCUAAAUUUAUAAUUGGCAUGUUAAUGUUAAUUGGUUUGAAAUGAUUGUGAGUACCCAGUACAUGUACGCAACAAAAUUUAUUUUAUUUUAUGUAUUACAGCCAUGCUGCUAGAAGUGUAAGUGCAAUUUAAGAUACAAAUAUAUUUUAAGGGUGCUCCAGGCUGUAAAUAAUGAUAUCUAAAUAAAUAGAGUAAAAUGGAUCAAGCAAACUACUGAAAAUUUCAUUAAAUUCUGAUAAAAAUGACAGAAGUUAUUGAAAUCUAAAGUUUGGCAGAAUUUUGCCACCUUCCCUUGAAAUCAUAAUUAUUUCAUAUUUUUAUACAAGUGAGUAGGCUAGAAAAGUUUUAGCAAUGAUUAUCUCAGUCAGUAUAUCAGCAGUUGACCCUUCAUUAAUACAUUAAUGGAGGAAACUAGAGAUAAUCAUAUCAUACAGUAUAUUAAAAUGCAGAAAGAAUAAAUGGGGAUAUGAAAUUGCAUAUUCUUGAAGACAUGCAUAGAACCGUUCGAUCAAAAUACUUGAAAUAUCUAACUUUGUAAUUCCUCAUCUGAUUUUUAUGAGAUCUUCACUGAUUGUUUUAUAAUCUGCUUAUUAAAGUCAUAUAACUUCGGCCUGGAGUACCCCUUUAGUCACAAGAUUACAUAGAAAGUUGGAAACUUGAUUUCUUAAUAUCAACAUCUUGCACCAAAUAUUCUGAAUCAUCAGAACUUGGGUCUGGAACGAAUCCAUUCAAACAUGGAAUUACAUUUGAAUCAAAUGAAAUUGUCCACAAAAAUACUUGUUCUCUAUGGCCCAUAUUCUUAAGUCUGUUAGUUGGAUCGUUUAUAUCAUGGCAUGGACACUGUACAUGUAUGUAUUUCUUAUUGCAAGAUAGAUGGCUUAUAGUCACACAAGAAAUUAGCUGAUUAAUCAUCUUGUCAUUUUGAAAUGAAUAAUUUUCCCAAACUUAUGUGCUAGUUUGAAAUGUCAACUCACUGAUUUUGAAAAGAAGAUUUUUGAACUACAGGUAAUCUGUGCUUUAGUCAAGAUUUUUUUUUCAUUGAUCAUAUAUGUUCUAUUCCAACUGAGUUGCAUUUAGAAUAUAUCAAUUAUUGUCCUUCAUUUUAUGAUAGACAUCAACCACUUAUUCUGUCAAUUUACUUGUCAACUUAUGUAUUGUUAUUUGAGUAAUGUCCUCUGUACUCUACUGCCCAUCUUUGGCAAAAGGAAGCAAGUGACACAUCAAUCAAAUUUGAGUUACUGUUGUUUCUGAAACACCCUAUAUAUGUUGCACUUUCAGGUAAAAUUGGGAAAUAAAUGAUCAUUCUAUGGAAAGAUAUUGAAGAAAGUAUGCUGUUAAAUUGCAAUGACGCCUAUGUAAAUGGCAAACACACAUUGCUCAUUUACAACAAAUACUUUUGUAACUUUGGUAACUUGCUUCCUUUUACAAAAGUAAGGCAGUAUACAAUAUCAAUAGCUUUAAUUUGUGUACCACAUAAUCUGCUGCACAGAACAGGGGGGCGUUUCAUGAAAGGACUUGUCGGACGUUUUAUCCGACAAGUCCCAUUUUAUCCGACAGUUACCAUAGGAACAGUGCCUCUCUGCCAAUCAAAAUCAUGGAAAGAUGUCAGACCUGACAACUUGUUGGAUGAAAAUAUUGAUGAAACGCUCCCCUGAUCAUACAUGUGACAAACACUCAAUCAAAGAGUAGAUUUGCAUGAAUUUUCAAAUCUAGAUAAUAAAAAUGGUAACAAAUGUUACUGAAAAGGAACAUCUGGGACCUGUUGCAUAAAACUUUUGCCAUAAAAAAACUCUGGCAAACAAAAUUAUGCCAUUGAAAAUUACACAUUAAAAAAUCUGGCAAAAAAAAUGCCAGAGUUUUUAUGGCAAAAUUUUUAUGCAAUGGGUCCCUGAUUGGUGUGUAGACAUGAGAAAAAAAGUUCCUUAAUAAAUAAUAGACAGACAAAAAAAAAUUAUAAUUUUUUUUUAAAACCAAAAACAGGUAAAUGUUCGUGAUUGUGUAAUAAAUGAAUUUUAUUUCUAACAUGUGGUUAAAAACAUCUUCAAGAACCGUCUUCUCAAAUUUCCUUUGUAAAUGUUUUCUGCAGAGACUGCAAGUAACAUAUCAUUGCAGUGAUUUCUUUUCAGUAUUUGUAUUUCAGUGCUAAUCUAUGACCCCCAUAAUUUCAUGGAGUUUCUUUCAAUACUUUCAGAAGAAAGCUUAAAUAUCUCUAAUACUUUAUAUUUUGAAACAAACAGGUAAACAUGUUUAAAAUUCUUUAGGAUGAUAAAUUACUUCUUCUGUAAAAGAUUUUUUUAAUUACUAUCUCUCAUGUGUUGUACAGUGUAUUGUUGCCUCAUUAUGUCAUCAAUUAAAACAUUUAAAGAAGAUUCCAUUCUUUUGUUUUCUAUCUUUGUAUUUUCUAUUGUUUUUGUGUACCGUAUGACACAGCACUAUUUUUCAUUUUGUAAAAGAUAGAAUAUCGAGUCAAAUUAGCUCAUUGGUUAAGUCUUGAUUCUUGCUCCCCUCCUCGUAUUACUGGAGGAUCACCAUCAAUCAAGAAAAUAUUUUUCACUUUUAUGUCAAAAAGAUAUAAACUGUUGUCAAAAUGGGAUCACCCUAAAAUGUCAAACAACUGCACUACAUAAAAGCAUUUGUUAUAACUUGCAUGGUCGCAUGUUCAAGCAUGAGGGGUGUGUUUUUCAAUUGAUCAACAAUGAAUAUCAGUAAAAUUUGUAUGACUACUAUUCAAAUAUACAGUACUGGACCUUUGCCCUUGUUCAAAGAUAAUCAGUUUACAUAAAAUGUGACAACUACCAAACAAGCGUCAUAGCAAUGAACAAACAGGUUAGCUUAAUGUUGCUAUGGUAACUUUCGGCAUCAAAGAAAUAGCCCAAGAUAACUUUACAAAUAUGUUUACUCCCGUUUUUGUCAUACAUUCUUAGCCAAAUCUCUUUAUCUACCUGUUUAAAUGAACAAUAAAUAUUACAAAAUCUUUCAGUUAUAUGACAGCUUUUAUUUCAAUGACUGCAACAGUUUUAUGAUCCAUUUCUCUUUUCAAAUGUGAUGAAUGAGUAAUAAAUGAAAAUGAUAAAAGUUUCUUCUUC